AUGAGCGUCUCAAGGGCUUUCAAGGUGCUCAUAUCGCAUCCGCACGUGCCGACGCCGGCGCUGGAGCUGUUUUUGCGUUCCCGUGCGGAGCUGAUUCUAUGCCAAAGUGUGCCGCCAUCGCGUGAGGAGAUUCUUAGCAAGCUGCCCGGCAUGGAUGCCAUCUACUGGGCGCAUUAUCAGCCCUUGAAUGCAGGCAUUUUGGAUGCCGCUGGGCCACAAUUGAAAGCAGUCAGCACUAUGUCGUCAGGCAUUGACUUUGCUGAUGUGCCAGAGUUCCAACGCCGGCGCAUACCUUUGGGUCAUACGCCUGGUGUGGUGAAAAAUUCAGUUGCAGACUUGGCCAUUGGCUUGAUGAUUGCAGCUGGUCGCAAUUUUCAUGCCGGACGCAGUGAGAUUGAAGCUUCACAGUGGGUGACGGAGCGCAUCACCUGGCAGAUGGGUCAUGAAAUCCGCGACUCAGUGAUUGGCUUCUUUGGCUUUGGCGGCAUUAGCCAGGCCAUUGCCAAGCGUCUACAAAGCUGGGAUGUGGCUAAAAUAAUCUACACAACGCGUACGCGCAAGCAGAACGAUGUGGACUUCAAGGCUGAGCAUGUGCCCUUCCAGCGAUUGCUGCAGGAGAGCGACUUUCUUGUCGUAGCUGCUCCACUUACAGCUGAAACGCGUGAGAAGUUCGAUGCCCACGCCUUUGAGCAAAUGAAACGCAGCGCUGUGUUUGUCAAUGUGGCCAGAGGAGGUCUGGUCAAGCAGCGUGACUUGCAUGCGGCUCUAAGCACAGGCCAAAUCUUUGCUGCCGGCUUGGAUGUUACCACACCAGAGCCGCUGCCGGCUGAUGACCCUAUUCUGAAGCUGCCCAACUGUGUUGUGCUGCCCCACUUGGGCACACAGACAAUGAAGACUACUAUUGAAAUGAGCCUCAUGGCUGCCAAUAAUAUACUCAAUGCGCUGGAAGGCAAACCCAUGAUUAAGUCAGCCUAUUAGAAUGCCAGAAAUACAUAUAUGUAUAAAUAUAGUAUAACUAAUAUUUCUUAAAAUGAUUGAAGCCAUCAAAAACUAUUU